AUGCGGUUAUUUCCGCUUCCAUUACUCUCACACGUGAGAGGAUUAGUCCUUAGAACACCGUCUCCGCGCAUGUACGCGGUUCCUUCACUCGCCUUCACGAACUCAACAGUCUCACACUCUGACCAAUCCAAAGAAGGUAACUUUGAUGAUGUUAAAUCAUUAGAGCUAAACGAAGUCGGGGUUUUACGAGUGUUAACCACCAUGAGAGACGAUCCUUACCUCGCUUUGUCGUUUCUGAAACGAAUUGAAGGAAACGGGGGUUUACCUAGCGUUAGUGCCUAUGCGGCUGUGAUUAGAAUCGUUUGUAGUUGGAGUUUGGAUGAGAAGCUGAGCUGUUUGUUUGUGGGGAUGAUUAGAAAAGGAGAGGAGAAGUGUGGUUUUAGCGUUGUUGAUUUGUUGAAUGUUAUUGGAGACGCUGAAGAGGAUGAGAAGUUGUGUUUUUUGUUGUUGAGUAGAGUCUCUAGUGCUUUGGUUAAGGCUUAUGUGGAGAUUGAAAUGUUUGAUGAAGCUAUUGAGCUUUUUAGGGGGAUAGAGGAGUUAGGAUGGGAUGCUGAUGCGUAUACUUAUGUUGUUGUGGUUAACGCGUUGUUUAGGAAGGGUGAUAGUGAAGGAGUAGAGAAGUUUCUUAGGAAGUUGGUAAGCUUAGAGACGAGGAAGCAUUGUGUUUUUUAUAUGGAUUUAAUUGAAGGGCUCUGUGGGAAUGAGAUGUCGCGUGUUGGUUAUAUUCUACUUAAACCACUGAGGGAAGCAAAUAUCCUUGUUGAUGAGAGUGAUCUUGCAGUAGCGUAUGGGAGAGUGAUCAGAGGUUUAUGCAAUGAGAUGAAGUUGGAAGAAGCUGAGAGGGCUCUUCUCGAGAUGGAGGAAUGUGGGAUUGAUCCGGACGUGUGUGUUUACUCUGCAAUAAUCGAAGGACAUCGCAAGAACAUGUGUUUCUCUAAAGCUUUGCGUUUCUUUAACAAUAGAAAGGACCUGCAAGGGAAGAGGAUUAUAAACCCUGUGAUUGCAAGCUCAAUACUUCAAUGCUGUUGUCAGAUGGGGGAGUUCUCGGAAGCUUUAGAUCGGUUUGUAGACUUUAGAAACAUGAACAUACCACUGGAUAGAUUCUGCUACAACGUUGCCUUUGAUGCUUUGAUAAAGCUCGGUAAAGUAGAUAAAGCUAUUGAGUUGUUCAGAGAAAUGACGUGUGAAGGUAUAUCUCCUGAUGUUGUCAACUACACGACUUUAAUAGGUGGUUGCUGUCUACAUGGUCGAUGUGUGGAAGCCCUUGACUUGAUUAUUGAGAUGGACAAGGAAGGGAAACCACCUGAUAUCGUUACGUUCAAUGUACUUGCCGGUGGAUUCGCUAGGAAUGCAGCGGAUGCGUCUGAUAUUUUGAAACUAAUGGAAGAUAGAGGUGUGAAGCCUUCUUCCGUUACACACAACAUGGUCAUCCAAGGCCUGAUUGUUGCAGGUAAAAUAAAGGAGGCUGAAGCUUUGUAUCAGGAACAUAAUAAAUCUGGAGGAAACGUGGCAGGUAUUGUAAAAGGUUAUUGUGAAGCUGGCCGUCUUGAUAAGGCGUUUGAACGGUUCAUUAAAGAGGAGUUUCCUCUUCCCAAGAGUGUAUAUUUCACACUAUUCACUAGUCUCUGCGCCGCCAAGGAUAAGAAUCACAUAGACAAAGCUCAAAAGGUAGUGGAGAGAAUGUGGGAGCUUGGAGUUGAGCCUGGGAAGAGCAUGUAUGGGAAGCUAAUCGGUGCUUGGUGUCGAGUUUCCGAUGUGGGGAAAGCCGAGAAGUUUCUUAAAGCUAUGAAACGUAGAGAGAUAACCCCUGAUUUGUUCACUUACACAAUCUUGAUUAAAACCUGUUGUCGGUUAAACAAGCUGGAGCAGGCAGAUGAUUUUUUUAGAGACAUGAAGAAGAGAGGAAUCAAACCUGAUGUGGUAACAUACACAGUUUUAGCCAAGAACAAUCCGAAAAUCGAUAAAGACAUGAAAGCAUGUGAUGUUAAACCAGACGUUUUCUACUACACAACCAUGAUCAACACAUACUACCGGUUAAACAACGAGAACAAGGCCUGUGCCCUCGUUCAAGAAAUGAAGAAGGGAGGAAUCGUACCUGAUGUUGUAACAUACACAGCCUUGAUUGACAACUAUUACCGGUUAAACAACAAGAAGAGAGCGUCUGAUAUUUUUCAAGAAAUGAAGAGGAGAAGGAUCUUGCCUGAUGUGGUGACGUACACAGUUCUUCUCAACCACAACCCUGAGUUGGAUAAGAAGAAGGAAAUGAAAGCUCUUGGGAUUAAAAGAGACGUUCACUACUACACGGUUUUGAUUCAUCACAAGUGCAAGAUUGGUGAAGUUGAAGAGGCGAAAAGGAUAUUCCAAGAAAUGAAAGAGAGUGGAGUGAAGCCUGAUUUUGUGUCUUGCACAGCACUAAUAGCUGGUUGUCUUAGGAAUGGAUAUGUAUUUGAUGCUGACAAAUUUCUGCAAGAGAUGAGGGAAAAUGGGAUUGAGCCACCAACUGAAACUGCUUCAAAGAGUGUAGUACUGCAUACCAAAUCUAAGCCCAAGAGAUUUGUAUCUCGACAACGAUCCAAGAAGCCUAUAUUGAGAAGCUCAGGUGAGGUACAGAGUUCACUGUUGAUCAGUUGA